AUGGCUUGGCAGUCUCCCUCGGCCAUGGCUGGGGGUGGAGGGUACGUCGGCGGCGAUGGGUCGCCCAACGGCGGGCAGCCUCAGGGAACGGAAUAUACUUUGCAAGGUGUGAUGCGCUUUCUGCAGACGGAAUGGCACCGGCACGAACGAGACCGCAAUGCCUGGGAGAUCGAGCGCGCGGAGAUGAAGUCCCGUAUCGGCAAGCUGGAGGGCGAUGUGCGUACGAGUAAACGACUACACGAAUCACUGGGGAAGCAUGUCCGACUCCUCGAGGCAGCUCUGAAGAAGGAGCGCGAGAAGGUCAAGAAGCUCACCAACAACGAGAAGGUCGAGGACACGCGGGAUCCGAAGGAGAUUGCCCGUGAGAGUAUCGGCGCUCUGAAAGCCCAACGGCCGAAGUCUCACACGGACCUCAUCGAAGCGGACCAAAAUCAUGACAGCCAGCACGAGUUUCGCCAGGAGAGUGAGCGGGAGAAGUCACGACUGUACCUUUCCAAGUGCUCCCAGGAGGUCGCGUACCAUGUUAUUCCUUCGUCACACCCGCCCCCGGACCUCAGUGAGCAGGAUCUCCCGAGUCACAUGUACGCGAACCAGCAGCUGUCUCAGCAGAGCCUGGAGGAGGCGUAUCUCCAGCAGCAGCGUCAGAAGCAACACCACCAACAACAACAGCAUGCGAAUGACAUGAUGGCCCGAGAGAUGGCACUCCAGAACCACCAGCCCGUUAUCACACACUACGAGAACCCGGCCUUGGCCCGCGCGCCCAACCAGUUCGGGUUCCCGGCUGCGUCGCGAGAAGCGGCAGAGAGACGGCCCCUGGAGCCCCAACAGACUCCGAUAAAUGCCAUCGAUAGCAGAAGACAGGCAUAUGACAAUGCUGCGAUGGACGAGCGAGCAGGCCAGGGGGAGCAGGCGCAUGAUGGGUACGGCGCGCAGUCCGCCAUCAAGCAUACAAAGCAACAGCAGGCGGAAGACCAGGCAGACGAUACGGACGGCUGGAACUUCGACGAGCCGGCUGACUCGGCACCCCAGGCGGAACAGGUCCCGCCGCAUCGCCCGGAUGUGGAUGCCUUCCCGAAUGCCAACUUUGUCGGCUCGAAGUCUCCGUCGAGGGGCGGUUCCAUGUCGCAUCGGAGGAAGAGCUCCGGUGCGAGGAGGAAGAGUGAUGGCGCCGUUGACCUGACAGCGGCAGCCAAGUCAGAUCCCACAUUCAAGGUCCGCUUCGCUCUUCGCGGCCAUUUGGACGUCGUUCGCGCUGUGAUCUUCACCGGUGGGGGGAGCCCGUCCGAGCCGGAGAUCUGCACGUGUAGUGACGAUGGUACGAUCAAACGGUGGAUCAUCCCAGCAACUUAUGGAGUCUUUGGGGCUCAUGGCGCGAAUUCAAGCAGUGAUCUGGACAUCACGAGCUACUUCACUCACCGUGGACACGUUGGAGCCGUCACUGCGCUUGCCGCAUGCCCCCCCUCGCAGAACUUCUCCAACGGGGGUCGUGCGUUAGGGGAUGGGUGGGUGUUCUCCGGCGGUCAAGAUGCCAGCGUGCGCGUCUGGGAACGCGGAAGGGUCGAUCCGAAGGCAACUCUCGAUAGUCACACGGACGCCGUCUGGGGACUCUGUGUUCUUCCCGGAACCACAGGAUCGGUCUUUGGCGAUUCCAACCACUAUGGCGGGCCCGAUCGCAUCCUGCUCGCGUCGGGUAGUGCAGACGGCCGGAUAAUCAUCUGGGCUGUCAGCGCCCCCCCGCAGGUUUCGUCCCCCCAGGCCGGAUCUCGACGAGCUGGAGGCAGUCGGCGGGCCAAUUCGAUCUCCUCGGGGUCCAAUUUCCCAUCCUCACCGCAACCCAGCACGGCAACCACCACGCCGUUUCACUACACCAUGGUCCGCCAGAUCGUUCGGACCGAAUCCCCUUCUCCGACGUGCAUUAGCCCGUUGUCGCUGGCGGGAAUCAACUUUGUCGUCUCGUACACCGACGCUUCGAUCCUUGUGUACGACACGAGGACGGGCGAAGAGAUUGUGGGCAUGGCGAGUCUGGAAACGUAUGAUGGCACCCCUUCCACGGGGGUCAACUCGGUUGUUGCAACCACCGUUGGGUUUGAUGGGACGGCCGGGCUCGAUCCAAGCCGGACAAUGGGCGAGGAGGAAGUGGUCCACGGUGCGACUGGCUCGAGUGGUGUUGAGGGGGUAAUCAUCAGCGGGUAUGAAGACCGUUAUAUUCGCUUCUUCGAUGCCAACAGCGGCCAAUGCACGUACACCAUGCUGGCGCAUCCAUCAGCGAUCGCCUCGCUUUCCCUGUCGCCGGACGGGCGGGAGCUAGUAUCUGCGGGUCACGACGCCAGCUUGCGGUUCUGGAACCUCGAGAAGCGGAGCUGCACUCAAGAAAUCACGAGUCACCGGCUGAUGCGUGGUGAAGGAGUGUGCUCGGCGGUCUGGAGCCGCGAUGGCCGCUGGGUUGUCAGUGGAGGUGGCGACGGGGUGGUCAAGGUCUUCGCCCGAUAG